ACUCGGAGCGUGAAGCUUAUAAAUAGGUGGUGAACUUUCUCACUAGGACACUUAUCUUCUCUAAUUUUACAGAACAGCAGAUGAAAAGAACUAUUUAGUGAGAGUUAUCGGCGAAGGUUCUGUUGGGGAAAUUGUGGUAUGUAUUGGUUAUUUGUUAAAAGAAUUUAUGCAGAAAAGAAUUGCUUUGUCAUUUUUGGGAAGUAUUGCUUUUGCCGUCGUUGUCGUUAUUCCGUAAACUCCCUCUUGACGAUUUGCACGAUUUAUCAAGCUUUGCAAUUGUCAAAGAUAACCUGUGGUUUCUAACAUGUCCUGGGACUGAGUGUUUUCUUAGUAUUUUGUUCAAAGGCUCUGGUUUUCUUUGCAGUGUUUGGAAGACUCAGUGAAUUUUGGUGACAUUGUUGUUGGUAGUUCUGUAUCUCGAGAGCUGACAAUCCACAACAACAGUGACUGUAGUCUGCAUUACAAUCUGUUCAUUGACCAGGAGGUAACGGGACCAUAUGACGACGACCAGACCGCAAGAGAUGUUCUAGGUAAGCUGCUCUUUCCAUAUAACAGCCGAGUGAAGUUUAUCCCCUAGACAUUAAACACUUAAUGACUGGUCCCGAGGGGAACAGUUAAUUUUGUUUCUCGAGAAUCUCAGCGUUUUUCGAGACAGAGCCGAGGGAGACAUUAAGAUUCGAGGGAAACAAAAUUAACUGUUUCCCAAGGGACCAGUCUUUAAGUGAUUUGUUAUAUAGCCCACGAAGAAAAACCUUUUCGGUUACAAAUUUAUGAAAAUAAAUCUCGCGAGCGUUCAGCAUUCGCGGGUAACAGUGCACUGUUACCUUUUGACGUCAUAGAUUUUGCAAUGUUGCCCGCUCAGAGAUUUUGGCGGGAAACAGUUUCAUUGUUAGAUGUCAUGUGACCUCGAGUAACCAAUGAGAGCACGUGCUGUUAGGAAAAAAAUUCCAGUUUUGCUGUACCACUGAGCUACAGGAGACUUCACUUUCCAUACUGAUGACGUGUCACUACGAAGAUCUGGGUAGCACGUUUGAUUUGUUGAAGCAAAUUUACAACCAGUUGAAUUUCUGCGCUCGUUCCUCAGACUUCAUUUGGCGGGAAAACCAGUGUUGUCUUUGCGAAUUGUUGACUUUUUUCUCAGGUUAUGGAAUACUGAAUGUGCUUGAUUCUUUUUACAUUAAUGCGAGGCUUGUAAUCUUAUUUUCAGCUCUAGAAAUUAGUAGCCAGAGUGGAGUCAUACCAGCAAGAACGUCCCAGAAGAUAACAGCAACAGCUUAUCCGUCAAGGCGAAUUGCCUACAAGUUUAUACUCAGUUACGAACUUCUUUCAAUGUUUGGUAUGUAUGCGAUAGUCAGUGUUGUGCAGUGUUAAAAGAUGAUGUUACACGAGACUAUUCGCAAUAACGAUUUUUAGCGCAACGCAGCGGUGCAACAUUGUUACGGCAUUGUUUGGAAUAGUUACAACAUUGUUCCAACAUUACAACACAGUGUUGCGCUAAAAAUCGUCGUUGCGAAUCGUCCCGUGUAACAUCACCUUAAGUAGGCCAUUUCCGGGUUGCCUCAAGCCUCUGUUUCAAAGCGAGGCCAAGUGCAAAGCCAUUGAUAUGAAAACGUUUUUUAUUCUCAUGCGAAUAAAACUCAUUUUUACAAGAAAGGUUUCGCACUUUGCCUGGUUUUGAAAGUGAUAGUUUUUGGAACUCGGAAAUGGCCAAUUCUUUCAUUUCCAAGAAACAGAAUAACUUCCUAAUUUGCUUGGAAAGUCCGUCAUUUGAUGCGUAAGAUUUUAUUCUGUGAAAUUUGAAAAUUAUUUUCUCAGGCUCCCAUGAGAAAUUUUAUGUGAAGACAGAUAACUAAUUACAUCUAUAGCCCUUGAAAAGUGUGAAAAAGAAUGCAACGUGCUUUAAAUUAUUCUGGUACAAGGUUUUAUCCACUGAAAAUUAAAAUUACUCAAUGUCCUAAUGGAUUCCGUCUUCCGUUGUUUCACACCACUACUCUGACUUCAAGCCAUUACGAGUAAGUAUGUCGAAUUGUUCCGGAAUAUGUAUUUCUUUAUGAUUUCGUUCGGCAGAUGACGGUAAGCCUUUCAUAACGUGCCCCAAAAGACAACUUGCUGAACUGCAGUGCCAGGGAGUUUACCCGACUCUUUCUGUGACUGACGCCCGCUGCUUGGGUACCGGCAAAGGAUACAGCAAAGUUCACAUAUGGAGUCUUUUUUCACUUGAGAGGUAAGCCGUGUGGAUAACCUUUGAUAAAAAAAAUCGGCUGAUGUAUUUUCUUAAAGAGAAAGUCAAGUGCGCAUGCACCUGAAGACCGUAUUCAGCUUUCUUUGGAAUACAAAGUAUUUAACUUAUCAAAUGGUCUACUCAUCUUUGCCACAUUUUCCUUGUCACUGGACUUCGUGAUAGGCGUUUUCAUGACUUUAGAGACGUUGGUAAAAUUCAAAGGUUGGAACCAAGACAGUUCUCUUGGUCCCGAACAUGCCAAACCUAGAUACCGGUAGGUGUGUAUAAAGAAAGUGUGACUGUAAUGGAUUUAACCACAUCCCCGGAAUGGACAUUGGUGAAUGGCUUACUGUUAUAGGCAGCCUCGUUUGAUGAAAAGUGCUGUUAUUUUUGUUGCAGUCUCAAUGAAUGUCUGGAAUCUGAUCCGUCUCCUUCUGAACUCCUUUAUGCUGCAGUCACAAGACACAGGUUAGUAAAACGUUGUCAGUAGACGUAGGCAAUGUAGUGAUAAGCAGAAGGACAAAAGUUCUGUGGCUUGUAUGACUUAACAGACUUGAGCAAAGAUUGUAAUUGUAGCUGAAAUUGUAAUACUCGGUUCAUUUAUAGCAGUCACAGAACCGUUUCAUGGACAUAAAUGACUGAUAAGGCUGAGAGAUGUAGCCAGACUGUUUUAGAAGAAAAUGUGUUGCGUUUGCAGUCAUCACCUUUUGUAAUUAAUGUCAAAAGCGUGAAAUGAACGUUGCUGCUUCAAGUCCCUAUACGUUUCUAAGACCAAGCGGUAGUGCCUUUUUACAACUUGCAUAUCAAACCCUUCAUACUUUGUAAUGAGUUGAUUUCACUUCCAAGUAUUUCUCCACAAACAUGCAAACACUUACAUCGUUUUAUUUGGUUAGAUCCAGGACUGAAAUAUCUUUCUAGCUAUCUUUUAAGCUCGCCAAAUAUUAAACCUCUACAGCACAAGACGCAGAGUCCCUGUCAACACAAGAGCCAUAAUGGACUUCAACUUUGGUGCUGCACCUCUGGGUGUGGAUCCUUGUGUGGUGCAUCUAAACUUAAAAAACACAGGAUCAGUUCCUGCUGAAUGGUAAAGGCGAUCUAUCUAUGUCUCUCCAAAAUGUCUACCCACAGGGGAAAACUCUAAAGAUACAGAUUUAUAUCGAUAUGUUCAAAUUUAAUAUGACUUUCUUGUGAAAUACAAUUGACCGUUAGGUCUGUGCGUUCCUAACUAUGGCAAACGCAAUGAUGUCAAAAGGAGUCUUGAGUCUUUUGACUCUUCUUAAUGAUAAACAUGUAAUAGAAAGCUAAGUUUGAAAAGAGAAUAUUGACGAGCUGUGAGGAAAUUUCGGGUGCCAUGACCCAAUAUCGCAUACAAAAUAAUCUCAGCCCAAGAAGAUAAGUUGUCAAAUUUUCCAGACCAAAUAGAAUAAAUGGAAUCGCAGUAAAGAGUAUGUGCUCCCCUUCACUUUUUUAUCAGUCAGUUCACUUUUCUAAGGCAAAAGAUAGAAAUUUAAUAAUUUGUCUCGUAUUUAAGGUCAAAAAGGUACGAAAGCACUUUUCCCUUAAAUGUAAGUCGCAGGAACGCUUGCAUUGCUUUCGUUAGACCAAAAGGCCGAACCAUAUGUUGUGUGACUGUUGGGUUGUUCCAGUCCAUCAAUCCCUGUUGACUUUCUACAUUUGUAUUUGAUUUGCUAGUUCUUAUGUUAUUAUGUCUGAAGUGCUAAUAUAAUGCAAUGAUCUUGUUUUACUGCAUCACAGGGCAUUCUUGUUCCCCAGCGAUCUUCAGUUGGAGCUCGAGUAUUGGGCCGAGACAGGGGAAUACGAUGAAGAUGAACUUCAUGAGGUAAGACGUCUUGAACUUGGGUAAAUUGGGCAAUUUUUUGGCUAGCAGUAUAUUCCAUGACGAUUUGUCACUUUUACUGGCUAUGCAAUCAAUUUGUGCUUCUUUCCCAAAGAAUUUAAGCGUGACCUUUUAUGUACUGUUUACCGAGAGUCUUUAAACCUUAUAAUACACGACUGCGAGUUUUUUGAACGGCUUUAAAAUCUCUGAUAUAGAUCAACUCAUUUUUGCACUAAUAUUUAGAUUUGGGGUUAGUUUGGACUAAAAAGAUGGAACGUAAAGUUUAGCCUUGUCUCACUCAUCGAACAUUAAUUUCUUUUGUUUUUCCUUUAUGAAUUAUUAAAGAGUGUUUGAGUGUCAAAAAAGAAGUAAUCUUUACAACACCCAUAAAUUGCAAGCCAUUGACCAGGCAAUUGCAUUAUGAAAACUUUUUCCUUUGCAUAUCUGAAAUUAAACUAGUUCUGUUCACCAUGCUGUAAAAUUAAGUUACAUUUUCUUUAAAUAAUAUUAUUCGUUUUUGCUCCCCCAGAUGCAGGUAAUGGAUAAUAAAUUAUUCAGCAUUGAACCUCGAGGAGGAAAGCUCUUGCCAGGAGAAUCACACACGGUGACCCUUACUUAUAGGUAAGCAACUUUGAAAUCUGUUCAAGAAAGACUUUCGUAUCUUGCAAUCACACACUGUGGCCCUUCCCUAUAAGAAAACGCAUUUGUAACCUAUAUAAGACAGAUUUCAGCAGUCAAAGAAUCCAAGGAAAAGGCCGAUAGAAUAGUUACCAUUAUGCUACAUGUCAUUGCCCUUUUUACUUUCUGAGCCAAUUAGAAUGGUAGAAUUAGCACCAGCUACCUCUGGGCAGGUCAAAAUUGUAAAUCUGACUUUUGAACAAAUGACAUGUUUAUGUUGUGGUUAACUUUUUAUCUCAAGUAAUUUUACUCGUGUUCCAACUUCAUUAGCAUACAUUACCAUACCCAGAAACAAAAGAAAAACAAAGAUUACCUGAGAUAAAAAAUUAAUUAACAUAUAUACCUAAUUCAAUGAAGGUUGAUUUAACAAUUGGUUAUUGGCAAUUGGGUAUUUGGGCAUAUGGAACACACUGCAAUGAUAUGCUUGAGUGACCACCAAACAAUAUCUUCCCAGUGCAUAAUUCCAGUGCCUAUAGCAACCUCCACUGAAUCAGCUAUGUGUGUAAUGUUGUAAUAACGUUUGGUUUGUGGCAAAAAUACUAUUGUGUGACCAUUUGUAAAACACAUUAGACGCACAGUCACAAGACAAUUUGGGAUUUCCUUCAAUUUUGCCCAUUUCUUACACCUUACUUUUCCACCCACGAUUAAUACAGAUGUAAGCAUUUUUGUUUCCUUUUGUUUUAGAUUAGCUGAGUUACUAAAUGUUGUUUUUGUACUUUGCUUACUAGCCAUACAGUGAUUGGUACAAACAGGCUUCCGGUGUUGUUCAAAGUUAUGAGAGGGAGAGAAAUUCUGGUAAGAUAAAAACGAUAGUGUAACAUUAAGUCCCGUGCAAACGGACGAAACAUCGUUGGGAGUUUUUGCGUUCGUUUGCGCGUAGCUAAAAGGUUGACCGGUUUCAAACUUUGCGCAACAACUCCCAACGAUAGGCAUAUAACAUGCAACAGGGGGUGGGGGGGAGGGGUGUAAAAGAACGCAACAUGUAGCAUCCAACAAUGUUGGGAGUUGCUGGCCAACGACGUUACUUCUUUUUGCUCGGGGCUUCAAAAUUUAGAACGGUGAAAACUGUGAAAUCCAGCUGUAAUAGAGCAAUUCUAAAUUGAGCACCGAGAGGAUUCUCCUGAUUGCUGUGGUCUUGCACUUCUCUGCUUUUUGAUUGGUUAAACAUUUGUUUACCAGUUUCUCGACCAAUCAGAAGCAAAGGCAAAACCAAAAUGAACUUGCCUGGAAAGUCUUUUUGAGAGGACUCUGCAAUUUUUUGACAUUUGUCCGGCAUGGUAGUUUAGGAUUUGUGAUUGUGUUUUGAUUAUCCUUACACUUACCCACUGGAUCGUGACAGAGCCUCUGAAUAGCGCUUUCAAACUUCAAACUUCCUGUUUCUUCAGGUGAAUUUCGUUGGUGUAACUGUGGAUACUGAAAGCUACUAUGUUCACUUUCCUACCACUCGACACCUGUUUGAACCUGUUCCAGUCGGAGGAACCUCACCUCCAGUGCAGGUAUAUGAGCUUUACAAUGGAGGAUCCCGAGCUGUCAACUAUGAGCUGGACAUGGAACCACUUGCACAAGUUCAAGCAGUAAGUGUAUUCGCGCACUCCUUCUCUAGCAGGGCUGUCAUUACGGUUUCAAAAGGCUAGUCUCUCAGAGAAAGCAGCCGGUCAUUUACCCCACUGUUCCUCCUUUUUUUAUGUUUUACUUAUUAGAGAGCUUUAGAUUCUGAGACGAGGACGACUACGAGUACGAGAUUUUCUCAAUACUGAGUAUUGGUCAGGUGUGAAGCAGCGUCAUUUUGGCGGGUUGUUUUUGUUAUUUAACAUGACUAUCGGGCUUUUUUAAGGGGGACGAGACAAAUCAGUUUUACUAUCCCCAACCCCGUAAGGUAGGCUUCAUACACGCGUUAUUAAUUGCUAUUCUUUUCUUCUGUUCAGCAAAACUAUGGCUGUCGAAUCUUUGAGUGCCUGAAUCCAUCUGGAGAGAUUCCGCCCGGAUGCUUUGCUCUGAUUUACUGGCAGUUUGCUCCACUCGAAGCAAGAACCUACAUGGUCAGUCUAAAAGUGUUUUAACUGGUUUACUCUCUUACAGAGGCAGUUAACUUAAUGUCAAUUCGACCAGGAAUGGUAGACGAAGAACCUUGAUGUUCUAUCUCUGACUCAUCAUUAGUUAAGUGUCCACAGUCUGUUGUCAUAAUUGCUGUGGUUUACAUCACCACGUGAUACGAUUGGCGAAACAUUUUCGAGCUACUUUUUUUCACCAAUCAAAAGUAUCAGCACAGGCAGCUCAAGAACACUGAGCGCACAGGUGUUUUUCAUGCGCUUGGUAUUCGUCUUCAAUUCUAAUUGGUUCAAUGGAUUGUGUGCCUUUGCUUUGAUUGGUCAGCAAAGAAAAACACUUGUACCUUUUUUCCGGCGCUUGACGGUGGCCCAAUGUAGUUGCCUUGAGCUGUGAUUGGUUCGUUGCUUUUCAGGUGGAUAUUCCAGUACGUAUCGUGGGUGGUGAAACAGUCCUGGUUACGUUCACUGGUGUAGGAUACGACCAGAGGAUCAUGGGAGACACGCUACCUGUGCGUGACAUGGGUAGCACCACAAUACCGGCCAAACAGGUCGUGCAGGUUCCCAAACAGGUUUGUGUCUCCGUUACAGUCUUUAAGGCCCUUUAUUUGUUGCAACAGUAGACCUCUUUAACUUUUAUGGUUUGUUUUCCUGAUGAAAGUCUCCAGGGAAUUUGCCCCUUCAGCUUUUCAUAAACCACGGUGCAUAUGCACUGGAAUAUGACAAUAUGAAUGAAACAGUUCUUUAGAGUAUUAUCACAUGAACUGCUUUGGGAAAGCAAAACAUACAAGCUUAAGAGGCCUGUUACAUUAGCCGUGACUGCAAUAUGUUGCAAUGUUUCAAAGGCCCUUGUUAUUUCUUGGCUUGUAAUGCAAAGUAGUGUCCUUGUAAUUCAGCAUUUUAGUUCGGCAUUUGAGCAUUUCUGAACCAUGCAGAUCGAUACUGUGGAGCGGAUAGUCGGCUAGAUGUUAUCCGAAGUCCGAAAUUUCGUCGGGCAAAAAAACUUUGCGUGUAGGUAGAAUGAAGAGUGCACGAGGUUAAGCCGUUUAAACCAAAUUUCUCUUUGAAGCAUUGACAGAGAACCGUAACAAGACUUAUUGUCUCAUUUUUCGCAGGCAGAGAGUUUCUUGUAACGUUAAAGAGCGGUCAUACUUAAGUUCGUUUCCCACCGCACUCACCGCGUGCAUUGCGUCUUUUCGCGGGAAAUUUCAUAACUGCUCUUCUGAUAGGUUACUUUAUCGUGAUGCUUAGACACCGGAUGUAAUCACCUCAGUAGCUGUCAUGGUCGCUUCCUUUGUCGGUUUUUGUGUUUCCAUGGUUAUUUCACAUGGUAAAAUUAUGGGGCGAACAAGAGUUUUGGGCUUUGUUCAUACCGGAUAACUUAGCCAGCGAGCAAGCUGUCCGGGGCGCUCUGGCGACGGGGCAGGAAAAGGAAGGAGAGCUCGCAACUACUUCUCUGGAAUUUGAAUUCCAUCUCCAAUUCCCCUGUAGCUCCCCGUCGACUGAGCUGUCAGAUUCCGCCAAUCAGCGCGACGCGGAAACGAGCGCGAAUGUAAACAAACAUUGAAAAACACGUGCCAAGGAUAAUGACGUCAUUACUUAUGACAUUUCCGCCAAUCAGCAUUUCGCAUCGACCUUUUCGAUGCAAAUAUUGAAAUUCCAGAGACGUAGUUGCAAGCUCUCCUUCUUUUUCCCGCCCCGCCGCCAGAGCGCCCCGGAGAGCUUGCUCCCAGGCUACGGAUAGCUUUUUGUGUCCGAUAUAUGUCUCUCCACUUUAGAGGUAAGCGCGUCACACGCGUCUACGUUGCAGAAAUCGCGCGGAAAUCACUGUUCUGAUGUGUGAACAGAGGCCCUAGCCAGUAUGGUUUUCGUGCCAGGGCAAAAGCUAUUCGGUAUUACAUAAAUUAGCUUCAAAUUAGUAGUGGUAUUUUAAAGUAAUUAAUAAAAAUAGAUAUGAUAAAUAAAAAUCAACUGUAAAUAAUCGGCUGAUUUAACUUUGGCUGCAGUGUGAUUAUUUAUAAACUUUAUUAUAUAGACACGAGUGUUUUACUGGAAAAUAUACCACUCGUAAAAUUCAUAAAAACUACAUCCGGGACCCGAGUGGUUUAUUUUCCAUAAUCUCACGUGGAGUUUAUCGAUGACGUAAUUUUGGUAAUUUUCCUCUAUUAUUUUAUUGAUGGCAUUUUGUCUAUAUAAUAAAAAGAACAUUACACGGCGGCUUGAAGAUAUGAAUUUUAUUUUCCCGUGGCAAAAACAAUAUUUUACUCACUUGCUGCCCUCACUCGUAAAAUAUUGUUUUGCCACUCGAAAAUAAAUUUCAUAUCUUCGCGCCACCGUGUAAUAUCCUCUCUUUCUCUCUCUCUCUCUCUCUCUAUAUAUAUAUCUAUCUUGUGUGAACAGUAGCCUUAUUGUCCUAAGCUAGAAGGCCUAAUCCUGCAGGGAACAGGUGCAGUGUAACCGCAAGUAAUAGCAUUGCAAUUUUUUUUUCAGCUAUCCUACCUCUCAGUGGAAUGUAUUUCGUUUGGUGACGUUCCUUUGUAUGCAGUUUCGCAUCGCAUAUUUUUUCUCACUAACUCGUCAAAGGAUCACAUCAUUUCCUUUAGAUGGCUCUUAGAAGGAUCAGCAUUGGAACAGGUACAAGUGCUAUUAAAGCACAGGCAACCCAUACUUUUUGAGCCGAAAGCAUCAGUCACAUCUGAAACUAUUUUCAUAGCCUGCACUGCAGGGCCUGGCUCCUCGCACGAUGGUUAAGUUUAACCCACGAUUAAGCCGAAUUUUAAGCACGGUUUUCUUGUCUAAGAACAUGUCACUCAAGCUUACAAAAUACUGUUGACCGACCCUUUACUCUGAGAUACAUUAAUAAUAAUACAAAAUGUGGAUCAAUUUAGGUUUUGCCCACCUACCCCACCCAUAAGCUAACUUUAACACUCACUUCUCACUUAGGGGAAAAUGAUGGCUUAGGGGAGGGGUAGGUGGGCAGUUUCCCUGAAACCUAAAUUGAGCCCAAAAUGUUACUCUAAGUAAUGCACGGAAGCGUAAAUGCAAAAUAGUGGAACAAAAGUUUAAUCCUGGAUUAGCGCUAAUCGGUCUUUCAGAAACCGGGCCCUCUUUGGCUGCGCGAGUGUUUUUUAACCGCGAUGCUGAAUUCUAAUAAAGUUGAUAUUUGUACUCUACUCAGUCUUCUUCAGUGAUAAGAUCAAAGAUGGCGGUCUCGACAAUACGAACUUAGACAAGCAGCUUUAGCUCCCCCCCCCCCCCACCCAAAAAAAAAAUGCCUGCAUUGUAGUCUAGUAUUUUCACGGGGUUUGAUAGCUUAUUAGCCCAUCACAAUCCUAUUCCCGGGAUUUUAGUCCUGGUGUAUAUUUAUUGCGCUUCUGCCUGGGUAUUGAAGGUGGAUUACUUAGCUACUGGCAAGAUACAAUUGAACUGUAAUAUAUAAAAGAAACCAUCCGACAGGCCGUUUAAGACUUUGGAAGGUUUUUUUAAGCAAAAAGGCGACGACGAAGACGAUAAAUUACUCAUUUCAUUGAGUUUCAUGGAGCGUAAUUUUGUCCUCUUAGCUGAUCUUUUUUUGUAUUUUCAUGAACAAUUACUCCUUGAGCCCGAAUGGGCUCUGAGUCAAUAUCCCAUGAGGCCGAAGGCCGAAUGGGCUAUUGACUCAGAGGCUAUGAGGGCGAGAGGAAUAAUUGUUUUAGUAAAAUCCAACUAGUUGGUCAAAAAUAUCGAGAAUAAUAGAAUUUUAGCUAGUUAAAGCUAGACUUUAAUCCUUUUUUGCCGCCAAAAAGCCGGCGCUUUUCGCUACUAGUGGGCUAUAACAUAUAGCCUAGUAGUAGCUCAACCAAUCAGAACGCAGCAUUGAUAAUAGACCACUAGUUGGAUUUUACUAAUUGCUGUUAACCUCUCUUGGUUUCUUUAAAGGUGGUUAUGAUAGAGCCUGAUCAUGGUUUUCUGAAACCACAACAAACUGUUCUUCUAAAGGUUGGUGAAAUCCCCUGUAUAUGUAUCCUCAUUUUGCUGUUUGUUGUUCCUGGAAAAUGCGCGAUGUAACAUAACAAUAUUACAAAAAAAUUGAUGUUUCAUGUACAUUAUGCCUUACAAUAUUUUGUUUUCGUAGAUUUCAUUCUUUUCAUGUGGUCCCCCAUCGCACUACGACAUGGAUAUCGUCUGUGAGGUAUAGCUGCUGUUUCGUUCUUUACACAUUUGCACUCAUAGCUAAACUAUUUUUGAAAACCGCACUAAGAGUUGGUACACGUUUGUUUGUAGAUUGUAGACGAAACCGAGAUGGCUGAAUACAACCACAAGUUGAUAUGCUGGACAAACAUGAAAGAGGAAAAACAAUACACGUUCACCAUAACGGAAAAUGACUUUAAAAGACCGAGCUCUGGGCCACAGCUUAAAUCUAUCAAGCAACCCAAUCGAUCAAUGUCCCAUUCAGAGGGUGACUUGCGGAAAUACCAGGCACUGCCUCCAAUAGGUUAGUCACCAAAGAAGUACACUGAAGCUCCAGUAGUGGGGCAAGACACGGGUGGGAGCUCGGGAAAAUAGGGUGCGGAAAGGAUACGGUAGGCGGGAAGGGAAAGGGUAAAAGCUGGGAGUUCUGAAACGGUGGGAAGCGGGAGAAAUAGGGGCCAAUUACUCAACAAUGAUUAAUAUUUCGGAAUAGAAAGAGGAAGAAAGGGAAGAAGCCAAGAAAAAGAGGCGGGAGGUUUGGAAUCCCCAGCACUUCCCCCGGCAAAUAGCGCACUUUGGGAAAGGGGCGUGCGUUUUUUGACACCUGAAGAUAUCCUAGUUAGAAUAGCAUGUUUAACCGUUCAGCUGCCUCUCUGAACUUUUCUUCGUUCAGCCACCUCCAACAACAGGUCAGGGCCAGGCGACAAAAGCAAUCAAUCAGAAACCGAGUAGGCGCCACGCAUUCGGUGGCAAUAGACUGGUAACGCAUCCCUGUAAAAAAAGGCAGCACCAACGCAGUGAUUUGUAAGAAAUUGUCCUGCCAAGCCUUACCCUCGUUUUUCAUUGUGUGUGAACGAAAAUUAUUUCAUGGUUUAGCCGAGGCUUUGAACAGGUCUCGUUACAUGUCUCUGCAUUCUGUAACCUGAUGACCCCUCGUGUUGUCCAACCGUAAAAGUGAUCACGGUGGUUGUGCUCCACGCACACGCGAGGCGUGCGAACGGAUCCCCAUAAGUAAGAAAACGUAGUUAUCUCUCCAUCUGAGAAAUUGUGGAAGUCACGCGACCGCACGUCCGCCCGUCCGUUCACACCACAUGGCAACCAAUGUGAAAUGUCACAUUUUCUAGCUAGUAUGUGAGCCUGCAACCUAAUAUUACACGUUCAUGCUCUGAUCAAUUGACAGCUGUCAUAACGGGGUAUCUGCUGACCAGUAUCACAUGACCCUAUCGCGGGCUCAGGCUCAGGUGUCGACCCUGACGGUUACGUGUUUUUUUUGUUUUUUUGAAGUUCUAGGCUGUCAAGGUACUAGUUUCCAUCUGAUCGCAGACUCAACUCCCAGUGGAUUUCUUUGCCAUGGUUAAUUUUAUAUAUUACGGAAUGUAACAAUGAAAUAUUUUCUAUUUCUGGCUGUUUUGUAGGUUCACCCAAUGAGACAACAAGGAAAAAAAGAGGCGCCGCUACUCGCCAAGAAACACCACCCCCACCAGUUCCACCCGAGACAUUUUUACUUCAUCUGGGAGUUACCGCUAGGACUCAUUCAAUUGGGGAGUUUAAUAGGAAGUUUUCUUCGUCGGUGGACAACUUUGUUAUUGACCAGUGAGUCAGAGUAGCUUACAUUUUCCAUCUUUGUUACAGCUUUUCUCGUGUUGUAGAAGGUAGAUGCACCAUCAAAUUUGUUGCGUGUAUUGUUGAAGAAGGUAAAAUGUGUUGCUCGCAGGGUUGCAGAAGAUAGACGCAGUAUGAUGUUUGUUGCGCAUAAUGUUACGGUAGACACGCGAAUAAACGUGCUGCGCGUAAUGUUGCAAGAGGUAGGCACACGAUGAAAUGUGCAAGUAAGUAAGUUUGUUAGUUAGUAAGUUCGUAAGUUCGUAAGUAAGUAACCAAGUGGGUAGAACGAAAGAACGUAAGUAACUUUUUUUCUUAUUUUGCAGACGUUACGUGCUGGCCCAGGGAUCUGUUGGUAAUCAAGAACGGGAGGAACUGUCUGCUUUAAUAACCUGCUCAAGACCCGAGAUGGGAAUCAUUCAAAACGUUCUCUCGAUUAUUCUCAGGUAAACUAAAUAAAUCACAAUCUUUAUUACUUUAGUUAGCCUGAGAAAACAGCCGACAUUUCGCGACACCACCCGCACUGGUUUCACCGCGAAAUGACGUCUGAGAAAUUAGCGCAGAAAUUCCAUACUUACGACUUGCCACUACCCAGAUCUGGAUAGUGCUUGUGCUUGAAUGAAGCAAAUUUCCAACCAAUCAGAAGAACUCCCCAGAUCUGGCUAGUGACACGUCAUCACAAUGGAAUUUCUGCGCUCGUUUCUCAGACGUCAUUUCGCGGGAAACCACCGGUGGAGUCGCAAAAUGAGGGUUGUUUUCUCAGGCCAAAACUUUAGCGUGCUAGGAACUAUAUCUUUGUGUGUCUCUAAAUUCCCUUUGCGUCGUACACUGACUCCGUCCCUUAGAGCUGAUUAGAAUUCUGUGUGUAACCUAUAUGUAUCAUAUACCGGUCUGUUUGCGUGUAGGGGUCUUCUGGAUGACGACAAUUUUCAUCAAAGAAUGGCCGAAAUAAGCCAGGAGCCUGUCCCCUACUUUAGACAGCUUUGUGAGACACAAUACACCACUAGUUCCAGACCUUCGUCGGCUAGCAGUCAAAGUAGUAACCAGUCCCGCUCUGGGGAGGAGGUCAGUGGUGAAGUGGAGGCAAUACCAAGCACCAGUCAGGUAGCCAUAAAGAUCAUGUUGAGGGAUCUGUAUCACGAAAUUCAUCUAAAUUCAAACAGCUGGAACUGCCACUAAACAGAAUGAAACAUAAAAAUAACUGUUCAAAACAUGAUAAGACGACAUGAAUAACAGAGUAAAUACCAAAGGAAGCACGGAUGGGCAAACAUGAAGAAGAUUGAAACGGAUUGCAGUUCUGGUUUUUUUGAAAACUCGUUAGCCUAACAUUUUUUUAAAGUUCAUUUUUGUUUUGUUUUUUCAAAUAUUUGAUAUAAUCCUUGGGAGACAUGUUUGUUUGACGCAAAGCUUUGAUUUUGUCAUUUACAAGUAAUUUCUCAAGAUCCAUAGCGAAUAAGGACACGUAAUUGGCCUUUUUUUCACAAAAUGAACCAGACCGGUUUUGUAUGUUACUCUUGUUCGGUUCUAACAGAUUUAAUAGAUUCCGCGGGUACCGUGUAAACGAAAGGCGGAUCCGUGCAAGUUGUUGUCCGUUCAAAACUUUGUGCGGACCCGUUUUAUACGGCUUCUUAGUCUGUUUCACUUUCGAUGUCGAUGGGUCAGAUUAACACCUCCAAAGGGACCUUGGUUUCCCUUGGCCAUUAGUGAAGUCCGUGUCAUUAAAGCUGUAAAAUCAAGAUAUUAGUUUAACCCGUUUUACUCAUGAUGUGUCUACAGCAGCCAGUUGGUGAGCACGCCCAAGAUGAUACAAUGACAGAGGAAAGGGCUGUGAGUAGAACCCAUGAGAUCAUACAGCGCACCUCACAGUCAUCACUCUCCAUACCAGACAGACUAAUAGAAACGGGCGGAGAUCCAGAAAUGAACACAGCACAGAGACAAGGAGUGCGCAGGUUUGUAGUCAUGGCAACAUUUAGGACUGACAAGUAACUUUUGGCCUGAAGUAUCCAAGCACUGACUAUAGCGUACUACUGAUCGGUGCAUUGAGGGUACCUCGCAUAUAAAAGGAUGACGUCAUCAAUGACACAUCGGACGCUGAUUGGUCCACUUUUGUGACGUAAUAGUAAACCCUGCUCUCUGAUUGGCUACUCCCAGAAGUGACCCUCUAUAUUUCUCACUGAAUUGUUCAAAGCUCCGUUUGCUGUAAUUCCGCCUGGAUUAACUGGAACCAUAGUACAUGAGUUACCAUGUAAACCAACCCUGGAAUUGCGCUUUUCGUACUUUGAAUAACUCGGCGCGGGAUCCUUGAUAGCUGGUGUCUCCCUCGAGCUCCCCCUUUUCGAUGAAGAGAAGUGUUCGAAGACGCAUAAAGGAGACGAUCUGGAUCCGCCAAUUGCAACUAUCUCUUGAUCGAGACGAGUAGUAUAGUAUGGAUGUUUUAGACCUCUUUUUGCGUAGGAAUCUCGGAUCAUUUUACGUUUCUGUGAAACUGCCAACCUACCCCUCCCCUGAACCUUAGGGCAAAAUGUUGGCUUAGGAGAGGAGUAGGUGGGCAGUUUCCCAGAAACGUAAAAUGAUACGGAAUCUCGUCUACUUGAUCAGGGAUACAUUAACGACGAUGACAUCAUAGGUGGUUGAGGAAAAAUAAAAAAAGUGAAAAGGAAAAGAGAGUUAAAUGCAUUGUGCAGGAGCAGGGGGAAGUUGGGUAAGAAAGAAAAUUGUUCUCCUGGAAAAAGCUAUUUUGCUUUCGUCUUCAUUAAAGCUGCGAGAUGUGCGCACCAAGAAUCAGUGAACCGGAAUCAGAAUAAUGAGUUGAUGGUUAGUGAACGCGAUAGAAAGUAGAGCUUGCAUAAUUACGUUACGGUUCAGUGAUUUUAAGUCACAAUCGAUUCAGAGCUUGAUUUCUUCGCUGACAUAAAUCAACCAAUGAAUCAACCGUUUUUUUAGUUUUAAGUCAGCCAAUCAAAAUCAAGACAUUCAUCGACCUAAAAAUAACUAGAAAACCUGUCAAACCGGUUAAACAACUUAAAAAUAGCACGUUUCCUUAUCUUAGUGCAAUUCCACCGUAUUUUAUUCAUGAGAUAAAGACAAAAGGCUAUGACUUCAUCGGGGUUUCCGUAUUCUUGCGCAAAAGUUAAUGAGAUUCCUGCGCAGAAAGCGGUCUAAAACAUAUCUACUAUACUACCUAGACGGGGGAAAGAUAUCAAUUACCGGGUCCUGGAAGUUUAAUGGACUAAACGAAAACUCUUUUGCUUAGCUUAAAAACGUAUGUAAUUUUCAAAGCUUAAAUCUCUUACAUUACUACUCAUAUGCACAGAUGGGUAUUUACCAAACCUGUCGUAUUCUUAUAGUUGUUUGUCGGUUUUUUGGUAGGCUCCCUGAAUUCGAAUCGUUGGUCGAAACCAUGCUUGAGAAUACACUUCUCAACUUGUUAACAGAAGCAAAUCGCGGAGAAGUAAAUUUGACUUCACGGACAAGAGUGAUUGCUCUACCACCCAACAGAACCAACAAGACCACAAGAUAACGUCUGUAUAGCAUGGGAGGGCUGUAAAUAAGUAACUUAUCUACCCUUGCAUCAGAAAAUAAGUCAAGAAUAAGAAUGGCACUCAUGUAUUUUCGCGUGUCGUCGCAUAAAAAUGUGCGGCCGAUGUUACGUGAUCAGUCAUUAUAUUUGAAGACGGUUUCAUUGUACAAUAUUAUGUGUUCACUUUUAACCUGAGAGUCGUCAUAGUGUAUAAAAUAUGAUUCGUGUUCAUUAACUUCCUCAAAAUAGGGAGCUCUUUGAAACCCAGUCCCCGU